AUUCCAAUAUGGCAGCCUGAGAGGUUACAGUCGGCCAUCUUGAACAGUUCACUAAUUCCUUUUGCAUAUUUACCACUUUCAUCACUAAUUCCUUCCUAAAAAUAACUUCCAUCCACUAUUCACAAUUUUACAUGAUAUUUACCACAACAAACAAGCACGAAAACUGACAAAUAAAAAACAAAAACAUCACCCAUUCCAAGAUGGCUGCUGGUGAAGCUGGAAAGCGGCCACCUUGGAAUUCCCUCUGAGAAGAAACAUGGCGGGGCGCACCAUGACGGGGCUGGGGCGGCUGGCGGGGCACGGCCGGGGGUCCCUCCGCCACCAGGGCACGGCAGCGGCAGCAGCGGCGGUGGCGGCUGGCGGGCCAAUAGCAGAAUAUAACAAGCUGGUAUCGUCCGGCAAACUGUUGGACGAUGAGCACCAGCGGAGGAUUCUGAUUGGCUUAGAGCGCUGUUAUAGAGAGGUGGUGGCUUAUCCUGGGCCGCCACCUCCCCCUGGGCUCAUGCGGCGGCUACUAGGGGGUCUGGGGGCGCUUGGGAGGGAGGUGGCAGCUCCCCAGGGGCUGUACCUAUGGGGUACAGUCGGCACAGGGAAGACAAUGCUAAUGGACCUUUUGUAUGACUGCGUGUGCGUGUCAGGGAAGCGUCGCGUGCACUUCAACGCGUUCAUGCUUGACGUACAUGCGCGUAUACACAAGGAGAAGAGUCGUGUGCGUCGCGUACAUGCCCCAGACCAAGCUAGGUAUUUUGAGCCGGGAGGUACGUACACUAUCAGACAGCGCCCCCAUGACCCCAUACCGCCCGUGGCCCAGGAGGUGCUGCAGGAGGCGUGGUUUAUCUGCUUUGAUGAGUUUCAGGUGACGGACAUCGGCGACGCAAUGAUCCUCAAACGCCUGUUCUCCGAGCUGUUCUCCUGCGGCGCGGUGAUCGUGGCCACCAGCAACAGGGCCCCAGACGACCUUUACAAGAAUGGACUGCAGAGGUCACAUUUUCUACCAUUCAUCCCCAUCCUGAAGAGCCACACAGAGGUCUUCAAUUUAGACUCUGGCGUGGACUACCGCGUCUGCCACCAAGACGACUCGCGCAAGGUUUUUUUCGUCAAGUCCGAGUGUAAUGCAGAAGAGGAAGCACGGGUUUUGUUUAAGGUCCUCAGUGCUCAGGAAACAGACAUUGUGAGGCCAAGAACGCUGUCUUACGGCGGCCGGAAUGUGACCUUCGAGAGAACCUGUGGGGGUGUUUUAAAUUCGUCGUUUGAUGAGCUUUGCAAUAGACCGCUUGGAGCCGUCGACUACAUUCAAAUCUGUCUGACUUUUCAUACAAUCUUUAUCCGAGACAUCCCACCGCUGAACCAGAAGUCAAAAGGCCAAGCACGUCGUUUUAUCACCCUAAUUGACACCCUUUAUGACCACAAGGCUCGAGUGGUGUGCACCAGCGACGUCCCACACAAGCAGAUCUUUCAGGGCCAGGAAGGGGUCACACACCACCCUGACAAGGACUCCCUCACCCUGAUGGACGACCUGGGUCUCCGUGGGUCCCAGCAGGAGACACGAAACAUGUCCAUUUUCACAGGGGAAGAGGAAAUCUUUGCCUUCGAACGCACAGUGUCUCGCCUCACACAGAUGACAACCCCGGAGUACUGGGAACUUUACGAGCUGGAACGCCGGUGAGGGGGGGACGUCUAGGUGUGGUAGUUGGGUUCAGGGGUACAGGGGCUUCUUGGGGGCGCAUUCCAGGGGUUUUCAGGGCUUACGAAAAAUGGGACAGCUGUGUGUUGACCUGAUAGCUCCCUGGACAAGCUCUUGCACCCUUGAACAACAAUAAUUCCCUUAACCCCAUCUCAGGAAUGGAGGAGGAGAGAGAGAAGCUUCAAUUGACACUCGUUAAAAGAAUAAUUCCAUCCAAUAUCCACACACUGCCAUCUAGUGAGAAAAACAAACACUGCUACUUGAAUUUCUUGUUGCAGUUUGUAAAUAUAUAAAAGGUUUGUAAUGUCUCUUUACAUGAUAGGCUUCAGAAGUUGUUUACAAGUGACUUGAGGAAUAAACAGAGGUAGUACUGGUAAGAGAGAACAGGUAGAUUGAAAUGAAUUAAUGGGAAUGAGAGAAAUAGUGAAAAAAAAAAAUGAUGUAGGAGUGAUUUAAGAGAAUGAAUGAGAUGAAGGAAGGAAUAUUUGAAUAGUGAAUGAAUAAGGGGAUAGGAAGAUGAAGUAAAUAUGAAUCAAAACAAAGAACGUUAGGAAACAAAUAAUACCAAAUAAAAAAAAAAGAAAAAUGAUAGAAUGAAUAGAAAAACAAGAACAACAACAACUACUACUACUACUACUACCACUACUACUGCUACUACUACUAGGGGUAUGACAGAUGCUAACAGUGAGCCAGUACAAGGGUGGUAAUCUGCAAAAGUUAACAAAUAUCAACUUGUGAAGCCAACCAUGUACAUUUUGGGAUGUAAACAAAACCUUACUGUAAACAUGUACAGAAUUAAAGUAUAUAUAUUGUA